AUGCAGGACGCCUGGGUGACUCAGAAAUCUGACAAACUCCAGGAGUAUGUUGACCUCAAUGAAACAAAGAACGUCUUCUUAUCAAUCAAGAUGGCCUACUGCUCCCUAACCAAAGGCACCGGGCAGCUUCUCCCCUCUGAUGAAACAUCACUUCUGACGGAGGGACCGCAGAUUCCGAAGCGCCAGGCGAGCACUUCAGAAGCGUUUUCAACUGUCACAGAGCGGAUCCCCCCAAGUGGUAACGAAAGUACACCUGGACCUCCCGCCUUUUCUCCCGGAAACAAUCAGCGUCGUGCUCGAAACCUCAUUUUCUAA